CUAUUGGUAAAAGUGCUUUAUCUUUUUCAGUCCCAGGAAUUAUGGGUUUUAAUGACUGUCCUUCACCGGGCACAUGGCAUCACCUUCAUUCCAACACAGAGGACAAAAUGGGCAUGGGUAUUGUGUUACAACCCAGCAGCAAAGACAAAGACUUUUCCCAGUGUUUCAACUCGGGCAUGAAACACUGCCCCUUAUGUGGCAAGACCUUUUCUCUUUCUGAAUUGGAGACACACGUGUACAAGUCUCAUGAGGGUCACAAACUGCCUGUGGUCUGUUUAAACCCCAGUGAGCCUGAGAGACCACACAGAACAAAGGAGAGGACAUUCGAGUGUAAAGUGUGUGGGAAAUUGUUUAAACGCUCAUCCACUCUCUCAACACAUCUGCUAAUCCACUCAAACACGCGUCCCUACCCCUGCCAGUACUGCGGCAAGAGAUUUCAUCAGAAAUCUGACAUGAAGAAACACACCUUUAUUCACACUGGAGAGAAGCCACAUGUGUGCACAGUGUGUGGAAAAGCCUUCAGCCAGAGUUCAAACCUCAUCACACACAGCAGGAAGCACUACAGACCCUUCAGCUAAACUCACACAUGUACAGCUUGGUUCUGGAUUCACCCCCCUUCCCUCAUCUGUAUAUAUUUUCAACUUUCGGACCAAUAAAUCUGUGCAUGUUUUAUCUAAUAACUCAAAUCAGAACACGAAGUAUUUUUGAAGGUUUAUUUUAGUAAAUAGUACCAGAA